UACGUACAAUAAUUGUUACACAUUUUGUUCAUACAAAAUAAAAAUUCUUUUCUCGUCCGCUCGUAAAUAUGACGUUAUUCAACAACUAUUCUUGUAAUGUCGUUGAGGAAAACAGAAUCGUUAAAAGUGAAUUCUCGUCGAUGAUACCGUAAAAUCGAAGAGCUCUUGUUUCUGCCACACAUUCGAGAUCGCAGAUAAAUGCCAAACGAUAUUAAAUAUAUCGUAACUUGGUCGAAAGUGGAAAAACCAGACUUUAAUCGGCAUAUCGAAUAGUCUCAUGUCUAUCUUGAACCAAUGGCACAUUAUUAAUACAAAACGCUUGCGGUUCAACGGUACCAGUUGACGCGCCAGUAUGUAUAAUAAAAGUUUUGCAUAUAAUAAGAUACAGAUAGGUAUUCAUAAACGUCUUCUCCCUUUAAAUCUGCAUAAUACAUUCGAGGCAUUAAUUUUUGGGCGCGUCUCGAUUACUUACAUGACAUGAAUAAGUGAAAGAAAAACAUUUUCUUUCUUGAAUGUCGCAAUGUUAUAUUUAAACAAAUAAGAAUGAAAUAGUACGUAGUUGUUUUAAAGACCAAAUAAUAUAAUCAACAGAAUUUUUAAAUUACUCUACUGUCAGAUUUAUCUUAAGUAUUUAUUAGAAAGACGUUUACAGUAUUAAAAUAUCGUCAGCAUUAAAUCACGAAAUUUUUUUAAAAAUGUACUUUUUAUUCAUUCUAAGAGAUACAUUCAAAUGCGAGAAAUCAAAUAUAAUUUUUUUCUUAUUAAUCGUUGUCUAUUUAAAAUUCAAAUAAACUCCAAUUUAAUCACACGUAUAUAACAUACUGGAUUAAUUAAUUCAAUAAAUGUAAUAGUGACUUACCAAUCAAUAUAUACGUACAUAUAUUAAUAUCUAACAAUAAGUAUAGGUAAUAAACACAUUUACAAGGAACGAUAGACACCUUUACACUUAGUUAAUAUCUUUACCAAAAACAUAAAAAUGACUGACUAAUAAACACACUGUCUGAUCAGUAUAGUAAUUAUAACAUAUACAUCAAUUUCUGUAAAUGAUACACACAAAAGACGAGCAUUAAAAUCAAAUUACUCCUCAUAUUCUUCCGUAACAUCUAUAAUCAUACCAAAAAAUAUUAGAUUAUAUUUAGAAACUGUGGAUAAGUCCAUACCCGUGGAAAGAGAAAAAACAAGAUUGCAGCUAUCGAUGGAAACCAUUGAAAAGAUAGAGUGACCCUGAUGACGGUCAAUAACAGUCAUCCGUAAUUCGACCCUGAACGUGAACCCGAACUGGUCAGGUACUGUCCAGUCGCCGACCAGUCGGUCGUGCCCUCCUUCUCUUCUGGAAUAGCAAUUACCUCUUCGACCUGAGUCGUCCUCAGUCGCCGUGGGACACUGGCGAUAGUAACUCCCAGCUAGGGACAUGUCCGUAACUCGUUCCUGACAGCGCCCGCGCGGAGGAUCCUUCAUCAAUAAAGAAUCCUUCCUGUGGAACGUGACGCGUGAAACUUCACACGGAUAAUAACACGGACUAAAUUUAAUCACGGAAAAUGAAGUUUUCCCAGUGCGUUGUAUUAUUGGUCGCUCUGUAUCUGGCCUCAGAAACUUGUCAAGCAAGUACUUUCGGUGAGAGGGUGAAAAACUUUUUUGGUAUUUUUGGUAACAAACCACCGUACGCCAUGGAAGAACCUGCACCUUGUUACUGUAGUUGCGGUCUGCGGAACGAAGAAAGCCGAAUAGUCGGUGGUCAGACUACUCGUAUGAAUGAAUUCCCAUGGAUGGCCAGGCUUUCGUAUUUAAACAAAUUCUACUGUGGUGGAACGUUGAUUAAUGAUCGCUACGUCCUGACCGCGGCUCACUGUGUCAAAGGGUUCAUGUGGUUCAUGAUCAAGGUCACGUUCGGUGAACACGACAGGUGUACCGAGAGAGGAGCUGAGACCAGAUACGUGGUCAGAGUGUUAACCGGUGAUUUCAGCUUCCUCAAUUUCGACAAUGACAUCGCGCUUUUACGGCUGAACGAAAGAGUGCCUCUCAGCGACACUAUAAGGCCCAUAUGUUUGCCAACAGAAAAAGAUAAGCAAUACGUUGGAACGAAAGCAAUCGCGUCCGGCUGGGGUACCUUGUACGAGGAUGGGAAGCCAUCUUGCCUGCUGCAGGAAGUCGAGGUACCGGUUAUGAGCCUUCAGGAUUGCCGUAACACAAGCUACAGUCCACGUAUGAUCUCUGAUAACAUGAUGUGCGCUGGAUAUCCUGAUGGGAAAAAGGAUUCUUGUCAGGGUGAUAGCGGAGGACCACUCAUAGCCGAACGCGAAGACAAGAAAUACGAACUCAUAGGUAUAGUAUCCUGGGGAAACGGAUGUGCUCGACCAGGAUACCCUGGCGUUUACACAAGAGUCACACGAUACAUAAACUGGAUAGUUUACCACUCGCGAGAGGGAUGUUUCUGUGAACAAAAAUCCCGCUAUACAAGACAAACCAACCGUUUAACCGGGACCAGUAUCGCUUCGACAGCCGAGAGAAAAGUCAUGAAGCUGCAAAACUUCCUCAAAUAUAUCCUUUGUGGUUUGCUGUUGGUGCUCACUUCGAGGUUCAUUCACUGCAAUAAAUUUAAUUCAUCCGACAUAGGAGAUGACGAACUGCGGCAAACACGAGGCGUUCUGGACUACUUGCUUGGGAGAUUUAAAACAUGUGGCAACUGUCUUUGCGGAAGACCAAAUCGAUUUGUUGAGACACGGUUCCUUGGCGGGGAAUACACGAAGACUCAUGAAUUUCCCUGGCUUGCAAAUAUUCACGUGAAAUCAAAAUUACUUCUCAGCGGAGUUCUAAUAAACGAUCGUUAUGUUUUAUCCUCUGCUAGCCAACUCAUUCGUGUAACCGCGCCGGAAGUAAAAAUAUCUUUUGGAGAAUACGAUCGAUGUAACUUGGAUGUAUCAUCGACCACGGUUAGCGUUGAAUCUUUGGUUCUAUAUCCGGAGUAUAAUGUAGAAUCACAUGCUCAUAACUUGGCACUGAUGAAGUUAAGUCAGCCGAUUAAAUUCGAGAGAAGAAUCUCCCCCAUUUGUUUGCCAAACCCAGGUUCGACUUAUCUUGGACAAGUUGGAACUUUGGUUGGGUGGAUAGUGAGCACAGAAGAAGAUACGAACAACAAUCAGACUUGUCGACCGCGAAAAUUGGGUCUUCCAAUUUUGGGACGCGACGAGUGUAUUAGAUCUGGCAUAAAUCUUACAAAUUUUCACAACGAUUCCGGCUGUGCUGGAAUAUUAGGUGGAAGUUCUAUUGUAUGCGAGAACGAUGUAGGUUCUUCAGUGCAAUAUCGUUCAUAUGCUGGAGUAUAUGAUCUAGUCGGUAUAAUUUCGGAUGUAAAUAAAUGUGGUAGCACCCCUGCCAUUUCGAUAUUCACAAGAGUUGGUCCACAUCUAAAUUGGAUAUUACAACAAACCAAAGAUGCGUGCUAUUGUCCAAAAUAAUAGAUCAUAGUUAUUGAACUACGAUCAUUUCUCUCUUGUAAAUAUAAUUCUACUGUAUAGUAUUCUAAACCUUUAGAAAGAAUAUGUAAAUCCAUUAGUAAAUAAACUUCUAAAUAAGAAAAGGUUAAUUGUUUCUAACAACGAUUUUAUAACGAAGAAUAUACUUAUGAAAAUUAUAUAAUGUAUGUACCUACAAUGUACGUUCACUUUGUUGCAUGAAAUUUAUUACAUGCUCGAUGUCGGCACUUGCAAUAAUAUUUUUAUAGCAUAUGCGUGUAUAAGUGGACGGUAUUUCCAAUCAUGACAAAUUAGUUUGGUAUAAUUCUUGAUAAAUGUUAAUGUACAAUAACUCAUUGAAAUGACCUAAGUUUGAUACAAAUAUAUAGAUACAUACGUAUAAACACCAGAAUACUUUGUGCACCGAAUUCGCUUAAACCUAGUACAUACAUACAGUAAUUGCAUUGCUUAGAUAUUUCGAACAUUAAUGAUAAUGCAUUCGAAUUUUCGGAUUAACGAAUGUAACAUAAGAUUAUAAAAUUUUCAUUAUAAUACAACAUUUAGCCGCAUGCUAUAUCGAAAAUAAAAAUUAUGAUUAUAAUAUAUUAAUACUGCAAUAUAUAAUAUACAUAUAUCAUUGAAGGAACUGUUUGCAAAAGUGUACCAUAUAAUUCUAGAGCUACUGCUGAUUCUACACCUAUACAACUUUAAUCUGUGAAUAAAUAUAAUAAACGGUAGGAAGGUAAAAAAAUGAAAUUUAAAAAAUGAAGUAUUACAUAAACCUUAAAAAGUUAAUAUAGAAGCCUAAAUAUACUACGUAAGUGACAUUUUUUCUUAUCAGUGUUUUUAUUUCACCGAUUUAUAUUAAUAUUUACAUCAUUGCUUGCAAUUUGGUGUAACAAUUUAGUCCAGUUAAAAGAAAAAUGUAUCUUAUUGGUAAAAUAUUAAAAAUCGUACUCUAAUAUACAAAAAAAUUUGAAAUACAAUACGUGCCAAA